AAGACACAAAACACAUAGGGCGCAAUUCGAUCAGCUCUGCAGACUCGCUGUACGAGAAAUAUCUUGAACAGAUUAGAGAAAGGAUAUCAGAAAAUGAGCAUUAUUGACUUCUACUGCAUGCCGGGUUCGCCACCGUGCGCCUUUCUGGACCUGACAGGCGCCAUGCUCGGCAUCGACCACAGGUUCAGAUACCACUCCAAGGAGUUUAGGCGAAGCGAAACACUUGAGGAGGAUUUCAUCAAGAUCAACCCUCAACACACCGUACCGGUUAUCAUUGAUGAGGGGUUCACGCUGUGGGAGUCGCGCGCAAUCUGCAAGUAUCUCGUAGCGAAAUACGGCAAGGAGGAGCACAAGAAUUUGUACCCCGCGGACAUCAAGACCCGCGCCAUCAUAGACCAGAGACUCGACUUUGAUCUUGGCAUACUGUAUGCCAGAUUCUAUGAAUAUUAUUACUGGCAAUUGAUUGACGGGUCUCCAUUGAGCGAGGUCAGGUUUAAGUUGUUGCAAGAGGCGCUCGGUUUCCUCAACAGUUUCCUGGAGGGCAACAAGUUUGCUGUAGGAUCUAAUAUGACUUUAGCGGACCUGAACAUCCUCGUUUCCAUAGAGACGAUGAGGAUCUCUGGCAUCGGCGUCGAGCAGUACCCUAACAUAGUCAGGUGGUUCGAACUUGUGAAAAGUAUGACGCCAAAGUUUGAAAAGAUCAUGAAGCCAUAUCGUAAACAUCACAACGAUGUUGUAGAUCAUUACUUAGAGGCCACCGUUUUCCAACGUAACCAAAAGAUUAUAAGUGAUUUAGCUACAUCAGACAAAAAUUAAAACUAGAAUAGUCACAUUUGGUUGCUGGUAUCGUCUGCCACUAGUUACAUUCAUACAUACAAUCUGUAUCAUCUAUAGAAAAUAAGAAAAUCGGAUCGCUUUUGUUAAUACUACUUAUGUAUAGUCGAAGCUGGAGCCUUUUUAACAAGAAAAAUAUCGCGGUAGCAUGGACUCUUUUUUAUCUAGAUUCCAUUGUCUCCUACAUUAAAGCAACUUUAAAUUAAAAUGUUUGAGUUAUAUUGUAGAUAUUUCAAGUGAGUUUUGUGAAAGAGCUCACGAUGUGCCGAUAACUUUAUAAAGAAUAUUGUAGUGUAUGCGUAAACGUAGCGUUGUUUGUUUCGAGCGUAAAAGCCAUAAAUACAUGCCGGAAAGAGGGGGGGUCAGUCGAAGACAGGCCUUUGGACCAGCAGCACGUGUCGGUACGUCAACGAGCCAAAUAUAACGCAACGAAUGCUAUAAAUAUGGUUUUAUAUAUUUGAAGUAAAUGAUUAAAUAAAUACUUUUAAAC